AUGAGGAUGGCCGUGGACUCCGUGAAGAUGCAGCCGCCGUGCGAGAGCCCGGCCCUGGCCUCGGUGGCGGCCGUGGCGGCGGCGGACGGCGCCCUGCGCCGCAGCCCCAGCGCCCGCGAGCCGGACCGCGAACAGCCGCCCGCGCCGCUGCGGCCGCGGCUGAGGGACCUGCCCGCGCUGCUGCGGAGCGGGCUCACCCUGCGGAGGAAGCGGAGCGCCGCCGGGGGCCGGACUCUGUCACGAAGAAUUUCCAAUCCAUACCUCGAACAUACUCCUUCCCAGAUUUAUGGAGAGAAUUCUUCUUGUGCAGGAAGAGCAUUGAGGAAUAUUAUUAUUGUUCAGGCAGCUGACCUGAUAAAGGACAGAGUGAACCUCAAGGGAUUUUACAGGAGAAGCUGCGUUGGGUCAGAACUGGUCGACUGGCUUCUGGAACACUGUCCUUUUGUUCAGUGCAGAUCUAUGGCCAUUGGUGUAUGGCAGCUGCUGUUGGAUAUGGGAAUUAUAUCAUCAGUGGACCAGCAUUUAUACUUUCAAGAUACCUAUGUUUUCUAUCAGUUUUCAUCUGAUGAAUGUAGCUACUUGUACUGUGAAUUUGAAAGAGAGGAAGAAUGGCAAAAUGGUGUCAAGCUUUUAUUGCAGUUUGUGCCUCUCAUUCCUGCUAGAACUGGCAUUUGUGAAAUGUCUCAUCAGAAAAUUGAAGACUCUGAAGAAAGCAGUGAUGAAAUUCUUGCUCGUCUAACAUCCGAGAUGCAGAGAGAGUUAGCAGCUGUUAUUGCUUUGAAAGCAAGGAAGUCUGCACUUGAGCAAAAUGAGGAAAACAGUGACAAACAUGGACCUGUGACAGAAGCUGAAAGUGUUCCAGACUCUCAGGCAGGGGUGAUGUGCAAGCUUCAGGAAAGAGAUGAUAUUGGACGAAUUGAACUGGUCCAGAAGCUGGCAAGAGAAAACUGUCAGUUCUUGCAGACGGACAAAAAAGAUCAGGAGAAAUCUGAACACCAGGAUGAUGAAGUGUUAACCACCGUUCAGGUUAAAGAGCAAGACCAGAAUGUCCUGGUGCUGAAGAAAGUGCAGUGCUGUGGUCCAACCCCCCCAGCUGGGAGCUCGGAGAGUGAUUGGAGAUACGUCGUGGUGUCUGGGACCCCAGAGAAGAUUUUGGAGCACCUUUUGAACGACUUGCACCUGGAAGAAGUCCAGGACAAAGAAACAGAGACCCUCCUUGAUGACUUCUUGCUCACAUACACCGUCUUCAUGACAACUGACGACUUGUGCCAGGCGCUGCUAAGGCACUAUUCUGCUAAGAAGUAUCAAGGUAAAGAAGAAAACUCAGAUGUUCCUUGUCGGAAGCGUAAGGUCUUGCAUCUUGUUUCCCAGUGGAUUGCUCUAUACAAGGACUGGUUACAUGAAGAUGAGCAUUCAAAAAUGUUUCUAAAGACCAUAUACAGAAAUGUACUGGAUGAUGUAUAUGAAUAUCCUAUACUUGAAAAAGAACUGAAAGAAUUUCAAAAGAUACUUGGAAUGCACCGACGUCACACUGUAGAUGAAUAUUCACCACAAAAGAAGAAUAAAGCCCUUUUCCACCAAUUCAGUCUUAAGGAGAACUGGCUCCAGCUUAGAGGAACUGUGACUGAAACAGAGGAAAUUUUUUGCCACGUGUAUAUAACAGAGCACUCUUAUGUUAGUGUGAAGGCAAAAGUUUCCAGUACAGCCCAAGAGAUCCUAAAAGUUGUGGCAGAAAAGAUCCAGCAUGCAGAAGAGGAUCUGGCCCUGGUAGCAGUCACAUUCUCUGGAGAAAAGCAUGAGCUUCAGCCAAAUGACUUGGCCCUGUCCAAAUCUCUUGAAGCAUCUGGUCGAAUAUACGUGUACCGGAAAGACCUGGCUGACACGUUGAACCCAUUUGCAGAAAAUGAGGAAUCACAGCAAAGGUCGAUGAGAAUUUUGGGAAUGAACACUUGGGAUCUUGCUCUGGAAUUAAUGAAUUUUGAUUGGAACCUCUUCAAUUCAAUUCACGAACAAGAGCUGAUUUACUUCACCUUCAGCAGACAAGGAAGUGGGGAGCACACAGUGAAUCUCAGCCUUCUACUCCAGAGAUGCAAUGAAGUCCAGCUUUGGGUGGCCACAGAGAUUUUGCUGUGCAGCCAGCUGGGCAAGCGAGUACAACUGGUGAAGAAAUUCAUCAAAAUCGCUGCUCACUGCAAAGCCCAGAGAAACCUGAAUUCCUUCUUCGCUAUUGUGAUGGGUCUCAACACUGCUUCUGUCAGCAGACUGUCACAAACAUGGGAGAAAAUCCCUGGAAAAUUUAAGAAACUUUUCUCUGAACUUGAAAGUUUAACGGAUCCUUCCCUGAACCACAAAGCCUACAGAGAUGCUUUCAAAAAGAUGAAGCCACCAAAAAUCCCUUUCAUGCCCUUACUGCUUAAAGAUGUAACAUUUAUUCAUGAAGGAAAUAAAACAUUCUUGGAUAAUCUUGUCAAUUUUGAAAAGCUGCAUAUGAUUGCAGACACUGUCCGAACCCUGAGACACUGCAGGACUAACCAGUUUGGAGGUGACAUGUCUCCAAAAGAACACCAAGAGUUAAAAUCCUACGUUAAUCACCUGUACGUGAUUGACAACCAGCAGGCCCUGUUUGAGCUCUCACACAGGAUCGAGCCUCGAGCGUGAGCCCUACCAUCCACCUCACCACCUCACCUCCCCUGUAACUGCAGCACUUUGAGCUACGGGAAUGUCAAUGCCAAGCACGGUGCUUUCCUGUGAGAAAAGAAGUUUCUGAGUUUUAUCAGUAGAUUGCAAGACAUAUACAGGAAAGCCACCCAACGCGUGCUCAGGAGGGGAUGCCAGCCACCGAAGACGGGGAGAGGCCUCUCCACAAUGCUCUUACAACAAGAAGGCAGAGGAAGAGUCAGGAGCAUUUUUGAAAUGGAGAAGACUGAUUUCUUAUGGUCACACUGUUGAUCCAGUCCAGUGGAUGUGCAGUGACAAGACAAGAGAUGUCUAGUGACAAGGCAAGAGACACUGUAUUUCAGUAAGAGUGUGUGUGAAACCAGCCAGUUCGACUUUGCCUGUCAGAUUACAGUUGACCGAUUGUCAAAGAAGUAGUUCAUUUGAACACCCAAGGAGAGUGAUGGCAUCUCUAGAUUUCCAGGGAGUGGAAGAGGUCUCUGUUGAUACAAACUAAGAUAUCACCAAAAGCCGCUUGUUUCAAGGGAGCUAGUAAGGACCAGCAGCUGGCAUCCCUGCUGUGAUUUCCAGAAGAAAAAUGUCAAGGCAUGCAUUCCUUUGCAUCCACAAUCAUUUAUCGAUGUAUGCUUGCAGGUGAAAUUCGUUUCUGCACAACUGAUUUGCUACUAAGCAAGUUAGACUAAAUUGCUUUGCCAAUAAGGAAAAAUAGUAAUCUUUAAGAAAUGAACUCAUUUAGUUUCUGGGGAUUUCCUUUACAGGUACAAGCAGGCUCUCAUCUCUUACUGGGAACAAUAUGAUUUUCAAAAAAGCACAGUGCCUGAUACAUUGUUGGCACUCAGUAACUAUUUAUUGAGGUGGCAGAGCCAAAAAGGUCUGCAUUCUUGUGCCUGAUAAUGCCCUAGUGUUUUGCAUGCCUUGGACAGGCUUGUUUUGCCCAUGCUGUGAAAUAAGAACAGCCAGCACAGGGAGGCUAAGUGGGAUUUGAUGUAUGAAAUCCUUAGAACUCCCUAGAGAAAAUCAAGGUAUUAAUAUAGUGGUGAUUGUCCAUUUUUCAGAUGAAAAGCCCCAAAAUAUCCAAGUGGCUGAUUUAUGCUGGAUGUGUAAAAAUCCUGCUGUCCAUCUCCCCACCACAACAGUGGGUCUUUCUAUAAUUUGUCUUUUCCCCCCUCCAAAGUCCAUUUUUAUUAAUUGGGGCUCCUACAAUAAAUUAAACCUCUUGCUAGUCUCAAGGACUGAUUAGAAGAUGAAGAUUUCCCUCAACUUACAAAUGAAAAAAAAAGCCUGCAGGCCACAAUGUGAUACCCUCCUCCUCCUGCCAACUAGAUAUUUGUCACAUUGCUGAAAUCCAGAGGCCUGGCUUCAUGUAGUAGGCCCCUCCAUUUCCUGCACAUGUGGACCCUGUGCCCUUCUCACCACACCUGCCUGCUCAUCUCUCAGACGCCCACCCAGAACUGCUUCCUUUUUUGUCUCAUCCACAUCUUAUUACUGAGAUGUGUGUGAUGCUUUCUGACACCUUUGUAGCUGUGCUUUUGCCUCGCCUCAUGAGCCACAUGGUGAGAGAUCACUGGAAGGAAUCACGUGGAGAAAACUUGGAAUAAGACUUUCAAAGACUCACUUUGUCCCAGCGUGCAAAACUUCAGUCCUGAAAAUUAACAGGGUUUUAUAUUAUAAAAAAAGCACCAUCCAGGACUGGUCCACUCAGAAAUACCCAGGCUGCUGGAUGUGGGAGAGAGCAGAGCCGAUCAGAAGCAAGGAAAACUGACUCCUCUCUCUCAGGCUGAUCAAAUCCAAACCAGGAACAGCUCUUCCCCGGGGCAAUUGCUGGGGAAGAGCACAUGUUUUGUGGGGCACAUGUUUUGUCUUCUCUCAAUUCUAGGGGGUAGCAUUUAACCGGCCUUGCCAUGAAAGGCUAUAGUGACAUGAUGUCUCUGUUUGGCAAUUUAAAUAUUUUUUCACAUUAGAUCUACAUUGCUCCAACUAAACGUAUUUCAGUUGCUCCCAUGGAGAACUGUUUCUCCAUAGCAUCCAAUUCAUAUAUGUACACAGCCAAACAAAACCAAACACACGUCGCAUCAAGACAUGCUUUGAACAGUGUGGUCAGAGUGUGGGUAAAAGCAGGCUCCAGAGAUGGUGCCUGGCCACCGUUGCCUCCAGCCACGGUCAUGGAACUCUCAGCAGCCAAGAGACAGGGAUUUUGCUUAGUUUAUAUUUGCUUUUUCAUCCCUGCCUUCUGAAUGUCAAAAUCCCCAAAUCUUUCUGAAAUUUACCAGCUGUCUCGAGAGAUUUCCCAGACAGCAGUUCUAAGAAAAUUCAACAAUUUUGAGAAGACUUAAAUCUGGAGUAAAAGAAUUCAAGGCAGAAAUGUGGGAACCAGAUUUAGCUGAACACAAAGCUAAGGAAUCUGAACUGCCCAAUAAUGAACGCACCGUGGGCCAUCAGUGACCCUUCAGUCAUUACUUACCCUGCCAUGAGCUGGGUCAUAUUCUCUCUCCAAAUAUUGCUAAGGCCUCUUUGGAGUGGGUUUUGUUUUGGCUGAAAGGGUGGACCAGAAGACAUGUAAGCUUCUUCCCAGCAUUCAGAAAAUCCCCUGUAAUGCCACCUCGCCAGCAAGUAGCACACAGGCUCUUGGAAGUGCGCUCUUUUCACUGUAGCACAAGGCUCAGGCAGUCCUGCUUGUCUUUCUUUGGUUUAUCAGCAUUCCAGCAAACCAGACCUGCUUAGCAAUCAACAUAGGACAAGUUACUGUGCAUUUUGUAGACAAAAUGCAACCCUGCUAAAUUUUAAUCUCCCAUAUACAUUUUCAGAUGCUCCCAAAGCUAUGGUGUUUUAAAUUCAUUUUUCAUUACAAUCCGUAUAGUUGCCAAAUAGUUGUAAUGAUAAAUAUCAUGGCCUACAUUCACUUUAUUCUAGUAUCACUAAUUGGAGUUAGGAUAAAUCCAUUUUCCUAGACCCCUGCCCACCAGCAGGUCAGCAGGAGCAUACAUUGCAUUCGGAAGCAAGGGAAGAAAGGAAAAUCUCACCACCACCCCCACGUUCAUAGGGAGAAGAUGCUGCACCAGUGCAAACUGGCCUCCCAGCUGUGCAAAGAGGAAAAUGCUGGUGACUUCUAGUCCCUGGAUCUGAGCUCUUGCUGCUGCCCCAGCUCCAGCCCUGUCAUUUGAUUACAGGCCUCACAGACACCACAAAUCCCAAACUUAGUGUUCCACAUGCAGAGAUCCCACGCUUCUCCGAAACUAGACAAAAACUUUAAAAUGGGGAAAAGCAGACCCACUGAAGUUGUCUACCAUGGAUCUUCUUUUAAAUGCUUCAAAGACAUGUCCUUAAAAUUUCAGCCUGCUUAUUAACAAGUAGGCCAUUUGCGCUGAAAACUGGUAGAGGAAAAAAGUUUCUAAAAAUUGCCAAAAAGUUAGAUGAAAAGUACUACUGUAUAAAGCAAAGCUGUAUAUACUAAACGUUUUUUAGCAGAGUAAUAUUUAUUUGCAUAGCCUAUUUAUUGUAUUCGUAUUACACUGUUAUUAAAUACUGGGAUGAAAUCAACAACCUGAAGCAAGGCCUUCUUGCCUUUAAUGUGUCAUUAAUUGGGGCUGCUGUGACAUUGUCAGCUUGCAUUAACAAUUAGAAGACAGAAAACCCGCAAUCAGGGUGUCUACCUAAUUCUCAGGGACUACACUUCGUAGUUUUCCACCAUUAUAAGAGCUGGUAAAUAUGAAACCUUUGUUGAAUUACCAGAAUUGCCAUUAACAGUGUUUUCUCUAUCAUAUUUCAUGCUUUCUGCCUCUGUACAUAUGACAGUGCUGUGUAUUUAUCGACGCUAGUAAGCAAUAAUUUAUAUGUAAAAAUGGCCAAGCAAUAUAAGGUGAAAACUUACAUAAGUCACUGUUACCGUACCUUGUAUUUUCAAGUGUUUUUUUAAAAACUGCUUUUCCAAAUAUAAGAUUAUGUCAAAGAUACUACGCCUGCCUCUUAGCCUCCUGCUUCGCUUUGGCGUGUGUAGGCUGCAUCGCCUGCAUCCCCGCAGCAUGUUGUGCACAGUUGCUUGGAGCUCAGAAGUCACUUGCUGAGAGCUACAAGUGCAGGAGAGAGCCUCUGGCAGCCCCUGGAAGUUGUCACUUGAGGCGCAACAGAUCUAAACACCCACGCUGAAAAGCACAUCAGUGUUCUCACAUUCUGAAUUUGGGGAUUCCAGUCACCCUUGUGACCCAUGCCCUCCUGGAGUAGGUUCUGGGGCCACAUUCCUUACCAGCCCACAUACUGAGGGCAGCUCCCAGCCCGGGUGCGACACCCUGGACUUUGAAGAGAGGCCCUGCCUGGAGAAGUGAGUAGACUCACUGUUCACUAAGUGGACUGUGUCAUCCUCCUGACCUCCUCCACCUGCCCCUAGGGGAGGACUUAUGUCCUGCCCGCUGAUCCUAAUCGUGGUCUUUGCCAUGUGGCAAUCCUCCCCACAUGAGACUUCUGUAUCCCAUCAGGUUAAGCUCACGUGUAGCCAAAUAUCUGGCUCUAUCCAAUGAAAAUGGAGGGGGGAAGUGACCUAUGCACCUUGUAAUCCAAAGCUUUACCGGGUAGGCUAUACCUGCCCUGUCUCUGCUGAGAGACCUGCAGUGUUCCAGUAAAGGUGCCCCCUCUAUCUGGGUGUCCAGCGUAUGCAGGACACAUUUCUUGAAUGAGAACUGAAACAACCUUGUUAGAAACCACUAAGACUUGGGAGUUGUUUGUUACCUCAGCAUAAUUUAGCCUAAGUUGACAAAUAAUCUCCCAGGAAUGAUAAACUUGAUGAACGCCCUUUUCCUUGGUCUGUGUGGGGGCAGUUAUAUCAAUACCUAAUGGAGGACAGCACAGCCAUGCAAGAGGCUUGUCUUUAUAUGGGAAAAGGUCAAGAAGAUAGGAUGAUUUUCUUGGACUCAGUUUUCAGGAAGUGACAUUUUUGUGAAAUAAGGGAAAACAGGAAGAGAGAGCAAACAGGGGUCAUUGCCUUGAGAACAGACAGUGGGGAGCAGAGAGAGGAGGACCACCAUCCCUAUUGAUUUUGUCAUGGUCCCAUAAGCACUUGGCCCUUGGGAAAGGAUCGCAGAGGAAGGAGAAUGGAAGCCCUCGCCUCCAGUUUCCGAAGGGAAUGGAGAAGAAAGGAAACUCUCAGUACUCAGACAACUUGGGGUCUUCUGCAUUGGGUGGCCUCUACUGAGAUGCGUGAGGGUCCCUCAAACUCAAAUGAGCAAACCUCAGGAUGAACUGUAUGUUCCUGACCUUCAUGCACUUUCUACAAAAUCCUGUUCCAGGGAUCGAGACCCCAUGUCAGGUAUGGUUCUCCCUUGUCUCAGGUCUUCUGGGUCCCUGAUGAGCCACUCUAUUUGCUUCUACUCACUACUCCAGAAAAUACUCCUCAAGCAAAUAAUUGCUCAUGUAAGGUGAUCUUGUUUCUGAAGGCAGGACAAAAAUCUCUCACUUACAAAGACACAGCCAGCUCCUCCCAGAACAAGAGCAGAGCAGACCUGCUGUAUAAUGUGGUCUGAGGACCAUGCAAGGCCCAGGAUCCCUGCCCCAGCCACCCGCUGAGCUGGUCAAUUUUCAUAUCUCCAUUUUAUUUCUCUUAUGGAGACUUGGUGUUUACUCAGAAGGAACUUUGUCUACUUCUUACCCUACUACAUCUCCUUAUUUGCAUCCCUUUCCUUGGGCCAGAGGCGAGGGGUCUCCCAUGGUUGGGUCAGCGUUCCCCUGUGGCAAUUUUCAGGACAUUACUGCCACAAGGUUACUUCACUCUUCAUGCGCAGUCACCACUGCCAUAGCCCUCUGGGUCCACUGAUUCACCCAUUCUAGAGGUGAGGGUAGUUCUGGAUCCUCUUCUUCCUGCACUUGCACUUGCACAGCCAUGAUGGUGAUGGGGGAGCUGCCUAGCCACACCAUGUCACCAUUCCACUUCUGCUGAAACCAUACCACCUUGAAGAUCUCAACAGGCUGGAACUUAUCCCAUAGGAAGUGAAGGACAAGACCCCUAUUGUGGACAACCCCCAAUGUCUCAGACUUCCUAACAUCCCAGGUUUUCAACAGGGAAGUGGGGAGGAUGGACAAUGCCAGGCACCCCUGACAGACUGGGCUUUUCUUCUCCCAAGACGACUCUUCAGCAGUCCCAGCCACCAAGCCCUGUGUGCCUGAGAUGCUCUGUGGGAAGUGGAAUUGUUACAGGGCAACCCCGAUAUAAAAUGGGUUGCCUGAUGGUGGGUCCUCACCCACGCGCUUAAAGGGGACUUAAACUGCAGGCACACACUAAAAGUUAACACAGGUUUACUUACAGGGGAAAGGGAAAUGAGGAAAUGUACAACUCAGGGAGAAAAGAAG